GGGUGGGGGGAACUUCCAGCCAAAAGGACUCACAAAGAGAAAUAAACAUUUUUCAAAAGCAUUUUGGAAGCUCAUUCCAGCUACCUCUACACCAAGCUCUUUUUCCUCCCCAAAUACGUCAUUUAACUGUCAAAAUGACUCUUGCCCAUUCUACCUGAUCACACUCUAAGCUGCAGCUUUUCCUGGCUGGAUUCACUUCUCAAUGACAAGCUGCUUGGAGAGCACCUAUCAACACGAAUGUGAUCAUCUGUUCCUUUCCUCCUUCCUUUCAGGGCAUACUGCUGUCCAUCAGAAGUAAUUAAUGGGUUUGUUAUGUAUGAAAGCGUCAUCGCAUCAGUUUGCUGUCUGGUUUGAAUAGCUCAUAUCAGCUCUUCAUUCAUGCCAAGUGUGCUCACUGUCCGAAGAUAUGAUAAAGCUGUACUUCCUUUUGGAUUUUUCCCUCGCUAUUCAAAACAAGUGCACAACUAUGUGUUACAGAAGCAUAAGGAGGACAGAAGAAACCCCUUUACCCUCUGCAGAAAGCAAGCUAAUGGACUAAAAAAAAAGUUGGUAAGGAGAAAACCAAGGGAAGCAAAAAGGUACAAGAGGACAUCCAUGCUUCUAUAGAUAUUAAUUUUAAAGCAAUGUGAUUUGGGAGUGUGAGUGAUUCUGAAAUACAGACCAGCAGAACUUUUCCAGAGGAUAAAACAUCUAGAGAAACAACCAGGAUUUCUCACUGCUGAAACAUUCAAUGAAUUUUUAAUAAGUUCCGAACACUGUGGACAGAUCAACUGCUAUUAUCUGAUAAAGGCAAAAUUCACUCUUUGAAUUCUAUAAUCCUAUCCAAAUGGAGUCUUCAUCUGCUGUGUGCUGUCCUGACUAAUGCUACAGGAUUAUCAGGAAUACAGGCAGAGACACUGCAAGAAAUAAGACACACUGAUGUACGAACACACACCAAAGGGGAGUGAAGAAGGUAUUCGGGUACUGAAACUGCUAUUUCCAGCUGGAGUUCAAAUUACAGAGCUUCAAACCAACCACUGCCAGAUACUGGCCAAUAAGAGGUGAGGUAGAACAGAGAGCCAUCUAGGUAGAACCUAAGAAUUAAUCCCAAUGCAAAUUCUUGCACCAGGAUGGAAGGUGAAUCAUACUUCAAUGCAACCAUGGUUAACAGCACCCUGGUAAAUCACCAGCCUUUGGAGCGCCAUGAACUAUGGGAAGUUAUCACUAUCGCAGCUGUGACUGCUGUGGUCAGCCUAGUCACCAUCGUGGGCAACGUCUUGGUCAUUAUCUCCUUCAAAAUCAACAGUCAGCUCAAGACAGUUAACAAUUACUACCUGCUGAGCCUAGCCUGUGCAGAUCUCAUCAUCGGGGUCUUCUCCAUGAACCUCUAUACCACCUACAUCCUCAUGGGACGCUGGGCUCUUGGGAGUCUGGCUUGUGACCUUUGGCUUGCACUGGACUAUGUGGCCAGCAAUGCUUCUGUCAUGAACCUUCUGGUGAUCAGUUUUGAUCGUUACUUUUCCAUCACAAGACCCCUGACGUAUCGGGCCAAGCGUACCCCAAAGCGGGCUGGCAUCAUGAUUGGCUUGGCCUGGCUGAUCUCCUUCAUCCUCUGGGCCCCAGCCAUUCUCUGCUGGCAGUACUUGGUUGGGAAGCGGACAGUACCACCAGAUGAGUGCCAGAUUCAGUUCCUAUCUGAGCCCACCAUCACUUUUGGCACGGCCAUUGCUGCCUUCUACAUCCCUGUUUCUGUCAUGACCAUCCUCUACUGCCGAAUCUACCGGGAAACAGAGAAGCGAACCACUUUUGUGAAAGCUCAAACUGAAAAAAAUAACUGUGACACCCCAAAAUACUUCCUGCCUCCAGCAGCUGCUAAUAAACUCAAGAGUCAAAAAUGCGUGGCUUAUAAGUUCCGAUUGGUGGUAAAAGCUGAUGGGACCCAAGAGGCCAACAACGGCUGUCGCAAGGUGAAAAUCAUGCCUUGCUCCUUCCCAAUGUCCAAGGACCCUUCAACGAAAGGCCUUGAUCCCAAUCUCAGCCAUCAAAUGACCAAACGAAAGAGAAUGGUCCUUGUCAAAGAGAGGAAAGCAGCCCAGACCUUGAGUGCCAUUCUCCUGGCCUUCAUCAUCACAUGGACUCCUUAUAACAUCAUGGUCCUGGUGUCCACCUUCUGUGACAAGUGUGUCCCUGUCACCCUGUGGCACUUGGGCUAUUGGUUGUGCUAUGUUAAUAGCACCGUCAACCCCAUCUGCUACGCCCUCUGCAACAGAACCUUCAGGAAGACCUUUAAGAUGCUGCUUCUCUGCCGAUGGAAAAAGAAAAAAAUGGAAGAGAAAUUGUACUGGCAGGGGAACAGCAAGCUACCCUGAAGAGUUCACAUCUCCCACAAAAGAAUAAUGACCAUGUCUUGUUUAUGUGUUUUUAAAAUGUCAUCUGUCAUUUUGAGUCCCUGAAUAGUUUUCUAAAUUGCCAAAAGAAAGGUGUUACAGGAGGUAAUUGCUGCGAAUACUAAAAGAUUCUUGCCUGUCACCACUAGAGUUUACCAAUGAGGUAGACAGAACCAUGACCUUUCACUGGAAGCACACUCAGGUCACAAGGAACAAUGACCUAUGGAAACAUUUAUCUAGUUUUCUGUGGGGAACAUCAGAGACCAGAUGGAAACCCUCCCCUGUGGAAACCUGUUAUAGAAUUUUGUGCAAUAUUUGUCUACGAAGUUGUCUUGUACCAAUAAGAAUCAGGAGAAUGUCAGUAUCAUCUAUUAAGAAGAGUGAUAUUCAACUGACUUCUAAGAAUGUCUUCUUCAUAAACUGAUCAGUAUUUAUUAUGCAGCUAUUAUGUAGACUCUAUUGUGUUAUGUUUUCCUGACCCUACAUCUGAAGGAAGCUAUUGCUCUUCCCUGUCAUAACCAUGCCAAUUACUGUGCCCACUCAAACCAUGCCAAUCUCCAUGGAACCAUUGUUCCUCUUAUGAGUCCAGAAAGAUACUGGGACCUGUAAAUACCCAGUGCUUUAGAGGGGCACCUAUUCUGCAAAUAAAGAUAAUUUAGUCUCUACAGUCAGUUAUUUUCAUUUUUACCAGUGGGAUUCUUUUAGAUAAAGCCAAGAAUAUAUAUUGUGUAUUCUAUUUUGUGCCCAUAUGAAGCUAUUUACUUGUGCUAUGUUCGUAGGAGGACUAGUAGUAUAACAGCCUUCAUUGGUAAAGAUCUUCUCCAGGAUAUUUAAUCAUGGUUCUUUUAUACUGUUUUUCCAGAGCUUGCUUUAUAAUUUCUUCACAAGACAAAACUGAAGCAAAAUGGAAAAAUAGAUUCAGUUUCACUUCGGGCUUUUGAAUUUCUCUAGGAGCCCUUUGGAAAGUCCCCAGUUUCCCUCAUGCAGACCCCUAGAUCACACUCAGGCACAGGCAGGUCACUGUGCUGCCUCCAGGCAGAAGUGCUAUGUAGGGCACACAGAAGAGAAAAGCUUUAUUUUUCUAAAAGUCCUUCAAACAGGGAUGCAGCAAUUAUUUACUUAUUCAUUCCUUGCCAAAUACAGUCAAAGAUGAGAAGCCCAGAAAAGCCCAACUGAGGUUCAUCGGAGCCAACUUAAAAACAAAAUUUUCAGCUAGAGGGGUGUUGCUCUGUAGUAGAGCACUUGCCUAGCAUGUGGGAGCAUUUGUCUAGAGUUAAUCUCCAACAGCAAAACAAAACAAAAAAGGGAAACCUUCAUCUUUAAAAAUAGGCCAUAGUAAUGCAUAAAAAUAAAAGUUACACACAUUAGAGGAUUGGGAUCAUUAAAAACCAAUUUAACUGAAAUUUCUAUAUAUAUAAACAAACUGAAUCUAAGAUGCUUUUUUGAAGCUUCUGAAAAUAAAAUAAUGUAUAAGAAAUUGAAACUAUAAAAUAGAUCAUAAAAUUAAUGAAAGAUCCACAAAGAAAUCAUCACAGUGGUGCACAAAGAGUUCAGAGAUGAGGCACUCCCAUCAGAAGCCCAGUCUUCAACAGGUUGUCUAUAUCAGCUGCUAUGAAUGAAAAGCUCCAGACUUCAUUUGACUUAAUGUAGGCUAGCUUUUUAUCCAGUUCCAUUUGCUAAGAAAAUGGAAGAAAGAAACCCCUUUAGUUGUUCUGGGAGUUAGUUAUAUACUUGAGUACAAGGAGAGCUUCCACCUACCCCUGAAGAGUAAUCCUCUAGGUGAUGUGCCAAGGAGGCUUCAAGGUGGGAGACUCUCACGAGGACAAGGCUGGUCCACCCAGGCCUUUCUUCCAGCCCUGUAGGGACUUGACCCUGGGAUGAAACAUCUUGGAAGCACCAUAGCUGCUGAGGCUUUGUGAAGGGCAGGUUAAGACCUGCCAAGAAUCUAGUGGAGAAUAUUAACUAAUUGGCUCAGUUCUUCAGAACAGAGGCUCCCAGGCCUACAUGAUAUCAACAGGGUGAGACUUCAUAAGCAAACCUACUCCACCAACUCUAGAUAAAACGGUUGAUUCUUUCCAUUUAAGGAUUUGGUUCCUGACAAAAAUGAAAAUCACUCCAUGAGAAUAGCAGUUUAAGCCCAUAUUGGGCAUUCAUUGUUCAUAGUAGAGAGAUAAGCCAACUCAAACAAAAGAAUGCAGAACUGGAUCAGGGAUGGGGUGCUGUAUUCCUUCUUUAUCCUUGGCUUUGGAAGGCCCCAGUUUUGCAGAAUAUCCAUGCCCCUUGAUAUAGACAAAACAAAACAAAACAAAACAAAAAAAAGCCCCAAACUACUAAGGGAAACUAGACUUCUCUGGAGUAGGUCCUUGAGUGGAGUCCCCAGACGAACAGAUCCAACUGUAAACAAAAGGGACUGGGUGCAUGUGUGAAUGGGGCUUGAGCUGACUUCAAUCUUAGGCCUUCUAUGCUCCCAGUCUCCCAAGCUCUGCCUACAGUAAAUACAGCUUGACGGUCUGCUGGAUGCUGUUUUGUUGCUAACAAUGUGAUUUGUUUCUCUUCAACUAUGAAUGUGAUGGCCUGUCAUGGAAUCUUUGUUUUCUGUACAACUUUUGGUUAAACAAAGCAUUUAGUCAAUAUUCCUGGCCUCUGCUUUGCUCCUUUGGAGAAUGUCCUUUGAGGUGAUGUUGGCUUUUUGUAAUUGUGAAAUCUGCACCUAAACCUCUGCAUUGAAAUAUCCAGUUGUCUUCUGUAAAUACUGGAAUUACAGCAAAACAUUUGUAUUGUCCUAAUACUAUUCUGGAUAUUAAAGAAAUGUAACCACACA